AAAAAAAUUGACAGCUCUACACACGAGACUCAAUUUCUAAGGACCGGUGCUUAUAUUUGGGGACUGCUUAGUAAGCAUCAGCUUCAUCUCAUUAAUUUUCAGCAGCUAAAGAAAUGGCCACCUGAGAAGCAUUACGAGUUCAAGCUCUUCAGUUCACGCAGAUUACGUUAUGAUGAACCAAGGUGUUGAGAACUUGCGGGUGGAUGAUUUGGUAACUGAUCAGAAGAAACAGUCAAAGGAGGCGGAGGGUCAGAAUAUUGAUCAUGAUGGCCCCGAGUUUGAUGAUAUAUUAGAUGCGGAUGAUGUAAGGUCUAAGAGGAACGACGAGAGCAGGGAAUUGCAAUCUCGAACUCAACUGGAAAACUUGGAAACCAAAUCUGAAACUGAAAGUAUUACUGAUAGGCAAGAGGAUUCUUGUGAUAAGACGAGUGCUGGUGGAGAUUUGGAGUUCAGAAACCAAGAAACAAAUCUAGAUGGUAAUUCUGGACGGAGUGGAUUGGCUAAAGAAGUGGAUGAUAAGGAAUCCAAGCAGAUGUUUGAUAAGUCAGAUGAAAUUCCGAGCGAGGACCCCAAUUUGGAGCCUGUUUUUGAUGGAACAGAGGUUCCAGGGAUGGAAGCUAACCGCAGUAUGUCUGGCCGUAGGUUGGAUGCAGAUCAGGACUCCCCAGGUGUGGUUGAGAAGGCUGUGGCUCUUAAGAAUUUUGUUAAGGAGAGGAGUGCGGUGGCAGUCUCCACAAUGAUGCGUCGCCUUUCUGGAAAAAAAGAUGAAGGUGCUGUGGACAAUGUUGAUGACGAAGGUAAGUAUGUAUCAGAUUUUGGAAAAGUUGGUGAAAACAAACUGGUGUCUGAGAAGGCAGUGGAGAAAUUUGACUGGAAUCCCUUAAAUUACAUCAAGAAGUCAUCCGAUGCUGGUGUGGAAAACAAAACUGAGCAGAGAGAUUCAAUAGUCAUGAAAGGAAGGAUUAUAUUGUACACGAAACUAGGUUGCCAAGAAUCUAACGAGAUUAGGCUGUUUUUGCGUUUGAAAAGACUUAGAUACGUCGAAAUCAACGUAGAUGUGUUCCCUGGUAGAAAGAAGGAGCUGGAGAGGAUUUCUGGAUCUACUUCUGUACCUAAGGUUUUUUUCAAUGAAAUACUUAUUGGAGGCUCGAGUGAGUUGAAGACUCUAGAUGAGUCUGGCAAGCUUGAUGAGAAGGUUGACUUUCUAAUUACUGAAGCACCAUUAUUUGAGGCCCCAUCGCCACCUCUUUCUGGAGAGGAUGAUGUGCCGAGUGGUGGACUACCUGAUGAAAUGGCAAUUAUUGUCCGCAAAAUGAAAGAAUCCAUAGUUGUGAAGGACCGCUUGCAUAAAGUGCGCAGAUUCACGAACUGUUUUCUUGGCUCCGAAGCUAUCGACUUCUUAUCAGAAGAUCAGUAUUUGGAAAGGCCAGAGGCUGUUGAGUUUGCACGAAAGCUUGCCGAAAAACACUUUUUUCGACAUGUUACUGAUGAAAAUCUAUUUGAGGAUGGAAACCACCUGUAUCGGUUUUUGGAUGAUGAGCCCAUUGUGGUGUCACAAUGUCACAACAUUUCUAGAGGCAUAAGCACCUUGAAGCCCAAGCCUUUACCGGAAAUUGCGUCAAGACUAAGGUUUCUGUCCGGUGCAAUAUUUGAAGCCUAUGCUUAUGAAGAUGGACGUCGUCUUGAUUAUACUAGUAUACAUGGAAGUGAGGAGUUCGCAAGGUAUCUGAGAAUUGUGGAAGAGCUCCAGAGAGUGGAAAUAUCGGAUUCGUCUAGAGAAGAGAAGCUUGCGUUCUUUAUUAAUCUUUAUAAUAUGAUGGCCAUCCAUGCAAUCUUAGUGUUGGGCCAUCCAGAUGGAGCACUGGAAAGAAGGAAAUUAUUUGGGGAGUUCAAAUAUGUUAUUGGUGGGUCUACCUACUCACUUUCAGCUAUUCAAAAUGGCAUAUUGCGGGGAAACCAGCGACCACCAUAUAACCUUAAGAAGCCAUUUGGGGCAAAAGAUACACGCUCGACAGUGGCACUUCCUUACCCUGAGCCUCUAAUUCAUUUUGCUUUGGUAUAUGGUACCCGAUCUGGGCCUGCACUUCGGUGCUACACUCCUGGAAAGAUUGAUGAAGAGUUAUUGGAUGCAGCCCGUAAUUUUUUGAGAAAUGGAGGCGUUGUAAUUGAUUCGAGUGCAAAGGCCGUCAAUGCUAGUAAGAUCCUUAAAUGGUACAGUAUAGAUUUUGGCAAGAACGAGGUAGAGGUGAUAAAGCAUGUUUCAAACUACUUAGAUCCAGCUGACUCUGAAGUAUUGUUGGACCUACUUGCUGCUUCCGAGUUGAAGGUGACAUAUCAGCCGUAUGACUGGGGUUUGAACUGCUAGCAUGGGCUACCAAAGUUCUGUAAAUAUGCCUCAUAGAUUUAUACUGAUUUUCUAUCAUACAAAUUACCACCAAAGUAUUCAAUGUCGCUGUUUAACUUUUUCUGCCCAUUUCACUCGUCUAUGUGCACGAGGAAGACGAAAAUGUUUACCUCCUAAAUUUCUGUUCUAUAUGUACUGUCUUUCUAAAAUUA